CAAUUAUUUUAUGUCAUAGUCCAGCAGGUAGUUAUAUAAGGAAAAGUAGGAAGGACUGGGUUUUGUAGAAGACAUCCUAGACAUUUUAUAGCAUGUUUGUAUAUAUUAAUUUGGUACUGCUCAGUAUGAAAAAUGCAUAACUGGUAAAAAGCUUUAUCAUGCUUCAGUGCUGUUGUAGCUAUUUAUUUAUCUAUGAUGAUUAUAAUGAUACACAUUAAUCUCUUUUUCUUCUCCUUUGUCUUUCAGUAACUAUCAUGGGCAGUUAAGAAAAAUUAGCUAGUUAUCUGCAAGGUUAGCAAUACCCCGGGGCGUCCCUCCUCUCUUCUCACUCAGGCAACUCAGCAAGUUUCCAGCACCAUGGCUGAAGAAGAAUAUGGCAGCUUUGUGGACUGGAACCAGAUGGGAGAUCUGGCCAAGAGCAGUGGGCCCACCAAGGUAGACUGUAAAGACCUGAAAGAGUUCAAACAGAUGGCUCGGCAGGGUCACUGGGCCAAAAACCACAAACUACGGGCACAAGUCUACCAGCAGCUCAUCAAAGCCAUUCCCUGUCGUACAGUUACCCCAGAUGCAGAAGUGUAUCGUGACAUUAUGGGAAAUGCAGGCACCAAGAAGCCCUCCUCCAACAUCCCGCUUCCAGAGUUUGUGGAUGGAAGUCCUCUGCCGCGGUACUGCCUGAAGGCAGAGUCUGUAGCCUCGGCACAUCAGAUUAUCAACUGCGUGGCUGGACAGUUUCCAGAUAUCUCCCACUGCCCGUCACUACCAGCUGUUACUUCUUUGCUCCUGCACUUCAGCGUGGACGAGGCUCAGUGUUUCGAGCAUGUCAGCCGCAUACUGGCCUGCAAUGAGCCAGGCAAACGGCUCCUGGACCAGACUUUCCUGGCCUAUGAGUCUAGCUGCAUGACUUUUGGCGACCUGGCCAACAAGUACUGUGCACCCGCACACAGACUGAUCGUGGCCACGGCCCAGGACGUGCUCGAAGUCUACUCAGACUGGCAGCGCUGGGUGCUGGGUGACCUGCCUUUCAGCCACAUGGUCAGGGUCUUGGAUGUCUACCUAGUAGAGGGCUAUAAGGUUCUCUUCCGUGUAGCCAUAGCGUUGCUCAAGUUCUAUCGUAAGCACAAAGCAGGGGCCCAGGGAGGCCAGGGCACCCAGCCGCAGGAUUCCAGCAAAGUCAGGGCGGACAUUCAAGCUUUCGUCAAGGGCAUAGCCUCCACCGUCACACCCGACAAGUUGCUGGAGAAGGCCUUCUCCAUCCGUAUGUUCAGCCGCAAAGAAAUCACCCUGCUGCACCUCACAAAUGAAAAGUCCCUGCAGCAGAAAGGAAUCACUGUCAAACAGAAGCGGCGGAACGUGCAGCUGGCACUUAACCCCGACACCUUUUCCUCUGAGAUUGUCAGCGCCAAGGAGAUGCGGGACGUCUGGUCGUGGAUCCCUGAGCGGUUUGCCCUGUGCCAACCACAGCUCCUCUUCACCACCUCCACCCAUGGUUGCAGCUUGAACAGAUUCUACCAACAUUGUGAAGGCUACGAACCCACUCUGCUCCUCAUCCGGACCACAGAUGCCGAUGUAUGUGGCGCCUAUCUGUCCACAGACUGGGAGGAGCGGAAGAGAGGAGGCAACAAAUUAAGCUUCUUUGGCACAGGGGAGUGCUUUGUCUUCAGGCUAAAGCCAGAGAUGGAGCGUUAUGAGUGGGUGGUGAUCCGCCACCCUGAGUUAGCCUCCGCCAUCAAGACUCAGGAGGGUCAGGAGGACACGGGCGCCUCUGAGGGGCAAAACUCAGAGAACAACGGCUUGCAGCAGCCGGAGAAACCUGCAGGAGACCUGUCGCCUUUCCUCUCCGCCCGCCACUUCAACCUUAACUCCAAGAACACUUCCAUGUUCAUGGCUGGCAACUUUGACUCCAUUAUAGUGGGGGGAGGUGACGGCAACGCUCUCUACAUCGACUCUGAGCUCAACCAUGGGCGCGCUGGCAGCUGCGCCACCUUCGACAACCCCCUCCUGUGUGCUGAGAGCUUCCAGGUUUCACUGCUAGAAGCGUGGGGCUUCCAGGACGCCAUGGCCUCAUAGUGCUGUACGCAAAAACACACGUACAUACAUGUAGAUCCAGACAGGCACAGACACAUAUGUGCACAUUGCACCGCUUAAAUACAUACGAAAGCAGAAAAUCUGUCUGAAAAAAUGUCCAGCAAAGUGUUACAGGUGUAAAACACAGGUAUGCAAACAGAACUACAUCCGUCCUCCAAAUUCAUAUGAAUUAUAAUUUUUUAUUUAUUAAUGCAGUUAAUCCAAAUUUCUACAUGUGAACAAAUGUGUUAUAUUUUUGUUUUUCUGUUUAUUUUUGUAUUAACAGAUUUGUAUUAUGUUAUUGUGUCCAGUAAUAUGAAGGAAGUCAGGACUCUAGAUAAAGCGGAUGUAAAGUUAAUUUAGUUCCGCUUUUUUUACGUUGACCGUGGUGUGUUCAUGAAGAGCUGAAACAUUUACUUUUCUGAAUGUGUUCUGUGGUUUAGCUCAAUCUGCCAAAUUUACUGUAUAGCUAUCUCUUUCUCUGUCAAUAAAAAAAAAAUAAAUUUACCAGGCCAUAAGGUUUAAGAUAAAAUGUGUGAAGUCAAAAGUUGAUUUGAUAAAAAUGUGUUUUAAAUGUUGGAAAACUGAGAUUAAGACAGUUCCAGGUCAGUUAAGUUUUCAGUCAAGUCCUGAUACAUUUUCCCCACUUUAAUUUUCUAUAUGUGCGUGUGUGAGAGAUUAAUAAUGAAAUGAUGUGGUAAAUGUUUGUGAAUAUCAGUGGUGAAUUUGAGUGUUGCUAUUUUGCACUGUAUGUCAAAGCUUUCUUUUGAAUGAGUGGCAGUUUUUUCCUUUGUAUAGUAUAAGAUAUAUUCAUGUGAAUAACGGUGCAGACCUUUUUUUU